GGAAAUGAGAUGCCUAUUGAAGAUAUUCUUGCACGGUAUGCUUUCGAUGCUGCUGCUGUUGCCGACUUGGCAGAAAAUUCACACUGCACAUCAUCGUCAUCAUCAUCAUCUAGUGACGAAGAGGAGGUUUUAGUGAGACCAAACUUCUCUUCAGCCAGAGAGAAUAUCAGAAGAGGUUCACUGAAAACAAGGGCAGAGAAUAGACUAGCCAGAGUCAGUGAAAUACCACAGAAUGUCUCACGGGUACAUUCGGAGAGGCUGCUUCGAUCCACUGGACACGGACACGCUGAGACUGAUGACUCGGAGUCAUCGUCAGAAGAUGACAACUUUGAACAUGUUGAGGAACAUAAAAAGACUAUUCAGGUUGGCUCAGAUUUCCAGGCUGUCAUUCCAGCUGGCUUGUCUACCUAUGAUGAUACUCCAGCUUAUGAGAACGAAGACAGGCUUUUAUGGGACCCAACCAAAAUUGUGGAUGAGAACAUUCUCAAUGACUACCUAUGCAAUGUUCAACGGGAGGUGGAUAAAAAGCUGCAUGCUGUAGCCGUUAUCCCCAGAGGCAAACAUGUUAGGGAUGAUGAACAGGCUUUAUUCUUGUUGCUGCAGUGUGAUAACAAUGUGGAGGAGGCUGAGAGGAGAAGAAAGAUGCAAGCAGUUCCGCCAACAGAUGUUAUGAGUUUAUGGUCAGAAGAUGAGUGCAGGAAUUUCGAGGAUGGUUUGCGUUUGUACGGCAAGAAUUUUCAUGAAAUUCACCAUAAUAAGGUUCGAACCAGAUCAGUCUAUGAGUUGGUGCACUUCUACUACCUCUGGAAGAAGACAGAGAGGCAUGAUGUUUUUGCUGCUAAAACAAGAGCAGAAAAAAGGAAAUAUUCACUCACUCCUGGAGCCACAGAUCACGUUGAUCGCUUCUUGGAAGAGCAGGACGUUGAUCUGCACCAGCUUUUAGCCUCCCAGUCAUCUGAAUCAAAAAUAGAAACAAACGAUGAAGAACAUGUUAAAUCCAGCUUAGAUGUCUUUAGUACAGGAAAGACAACAAUGAUGUCUCCCUCACGACACCUUGAUAAGAAAACCAGCAAAGGAGAGCACCUGAGAACUUCAAAACAUUCACAUCAUCAUCUUCACGGAGAAGUCAAUGGCAGCAUUUCCUCAGACCAAAUCCCUGAGCAUUCACCCGCUAAAAAGACAAAGAAAAAAUUGAAUGAAUUGUCUGAAGACAGCUUCCUCCACAAACCGGAAUACAGCACCUCGCAAUUACGCUUGUGUUCGUCGCUACCCUUGUCAGCAUCGCGUGACAGGAGCCCGGGAAGGCCACAGGGUGCGAUAGGGCAGGCCAGCUUGUCGAAACAUGUUGCACACAGUGCUGCCUCACAAGGAGGGAGAUCCACGCUCAGUUCUGAUGUCUGUAGCACUGCUGACAUGGAAGUUGCAAAUAGAGUCGACAAAUCUCUCAGCAGUGGAAUUAGAGUCGUGUCUGCAAACACCUCAGGCUUGCAUGUUUAG